AUGCGCGAGAUCGUUCAUCUGCAGACAGGCCAGUGCGGAAACCAAAUUGGUGCUGCCUUCUGUUACAAUGGCACUUCUGAACUCCAGCUUGAGCGCAUGAGCGUCUACUUCAACGAGGCUUCGGGCAACAAAUAUGUUCCUCGCGCUGUCCUUGUAGAUCUCGAGCCCGGUACCAUGGACGCCGUCCGUGCUGGUCCCUUCGGCCAACUUUUCCGUCCCGACAACUUCGUCUUUGGCCAGUCCGGUGCCGGCAACAACUGGGCCAAGGGUCACUACACAGAGGGUGCUGAGCUCGUCGACCAGGUCCUCGACGUCGUCCGUCGUGAGGCUGAGGGCUGCGACUGCCUUCAAGGUUUCCAGAUUACGCACUCUCUCGGUGGUGGUACCGGUGCCGGUAUGGGUACUCUCUUGAUCUCCAAGAUCCGUGAGGAAUUCCCCGACAGGAUGAUGGCCACCUUCUCCGUCGUCCCCUCCCCCAAGGUCUCUGACACCGUUGUCGAGCCCUACAACGCCACCCUCUCCGUCCACCAGCUCGUUGAGAACUCGGAUGAGACGUUCUGCAUUGACAACGAGGCUCUCUACGACAUCUGCAUGCGCACUCUCAAGCUGUCUCACCCCUCGUACGGUGACCUCAACCACUUGGUCUCUGCCGUCAUGUCCGGCGUUACCACCUGUCUCCGUUUCCCCGGCCAGCUCAACUCUGAUCUCCGAAAGAUUGCCGUCAACAUGGUUCCUUUCCCUCGUCUUCACUUCUUCAUGGUCGGCUUUGCCCCGCUUACUAGCCGUGGUGCUCACUCUUUCCGUGCUGUCACCGUGCCCGAGUUGACCCAGCAGAUGUUCGAUCCCAAGAACAUGAUGGCCGCUUCUGACUUCCGCAACGGCCGAUACCUCACCUGCUCUGCCAUCUUCCGUGGUAAGCUUGCCAUGAAGGAGGUCGAGGACCAGAUGCGCAACGUCCAGAGCAAGAACUCGUCGUACUUCGUCGAGUGGAUCCCCAACAACGUUCAGACCGCACUUUGCUCUAUUCCUCCCCGUGGCCUUAAGAUGUCGUCGACCUUCCUUGGUAACUCGACGGCGAUCCAGGAGCUCUUCAAGCGUAUCGGCGAGCAGUUCACUCUCAUGUUCCGUCGCAAGGCUUUCUUGCAUUGGUACACUGGUGAGGGCAUGGACGAGAUGGAGUUCACUGAGGCCGAGUCCAACAUGAACGAUCUCGUCUCCGAGUACCAGCAAUACCAGGAUGCCGGUAUUGACGAGGAAGAUCUGGAGUACGAGGAAGAGCUCCCUCUUGAGGAGGAGGAGUAA